AUGUCGUCCACCAUACGAAAGAUCCUCAUCUUUGUGGCGGAGCCGAUGGGCGAAAAGCCCGUGAUUGAUCUAGCCGGCAUUGGCGAGGUACUCGGCAAGGGACUGGUCAACCACGGCUUCGACCGCGCCUACAUCGUGCCCGGCCAGUUCCUGCUCCUGAAGGACAAUGAGCUGUUUGUCGACUGGCUGGUGGACCUGAUCCACUGCAACGUCAAGCAGGCGUCCGACUGCUGGCAGUGCCUGAACGACUGGUGCGCGGAGCACUUGAAGUUUGUCUGCAAAAGAGUGGGCACGGCGUGUGUUACCGCCGCCGAGGAGCCGCAGCAGAAUGGGAGACUGAGUGUUGAGGAGGAGGACUUCUGCGUGACAUUCGACCCCAUUGUGCUGCGCUGGGUGGUGUUGUGGAAAGUGUCCGGCGGGGGCAGCCCGCCGAGUGAACUGCUGAACACAGUGGAUGAGUACCCGGUGCCGACGGAGGCGCGCGCCGAGUACGAAGCAGCACUUGACAAUUGGAUCUGA